UCCUGUCUGCUUGUAUUUGCUGUUGUGUGUUUCCGUCAUUUCACUUUCAACAUGUUGAAGUUCAGAAGCUCCUCGCUGAGAUCAGCUGCUGUCCUGCUCACACCUGCUGCUGUCCAGCCUCGUGUGCACCUCUCCACUGGCCCCCAACAAACACAAAGAACCUUCUUUGAGUUCCGCACCUACUGCAUCCGUCCAGACCAGUACGCCGCCUUCCUCAAACUGACCAGUGAGAAGAUCCACCUGCGCACCGCCCACUCCGAGCUGAUUGGCUACUGGAGCGUCGAGUAUGGCGGCCUGAACAAGGUCUUCCAUAUAUGGAAGUAUGACAGUUAUUCUCAGCGGGCGGCUGUCCGGGCAGCCUUGGCUCAGGACCCCUCCUGGAUCUCAGAGUACAUCUCUAAGGCAAUACCCAUGCUGGAGUCUCAGGACAACGAGGUCACUUACCUGGUUCCUUGGAGCCACUUGCAGAGGCCACCAAAGGAGGGCGGUGUGUACGAGCUGGUUUCCUUCCAAAUGCGUCCCGGUGGUCCGGCAGUUUGGGGCAACGCCUUCCAGGCUGCUGCCACCGCCCACGAUGCACCGGGGUAUGGCAAGCUGGUGGGGGCUUUCCACAGCGAGUUCGGCCUACUGAACAGAGUUCACGCCCUCUGGUGGUUCGAGAGCGCCGACCAGCGAGCUGAGGUUCGACACAAAGCUCACACUGAUGCCAGAGUGGUAGCUGCAGUCAGGAACAGUGUCCUCCAUCUGGACUCUCAGGAGAAUAAACUCAUGUUUCCUUGUCCCUUCUCUCCGCUGAAGUAACUUCCUGUCCUCCGCUUCCUGUCCUCACACCGUCUCCACGGCAACAGAGACAAACACUAUAAACAUAAACAAGUAAAACUAGUCCUCACCUUGUUGGCUUCUGUAGUCCCGAACCUCCUACACCUGACUGACCCUAAGCACCGCCCCAUUCCCUCGACGAGCCAAUCACAGCUCAGCAUGAACUCUGUAUCGUGCUCUAAUGUUUCAGCUGCAGAAUUUAUUUACGUUUAUAAUGAACUGCGCAGACACGCUGUGUGGACGUUAACACGUGUUGAUGAUCAGAAAAAGGUCUGCCGCCAACAUUACUGAUGUAAGCCAACAUUUGACAUCAUUAAAACAUUUUGAAUUCUGAGUUUGUGUUGAAGACAGAAAGUCUGUGUGUGAGUGACAGCAGCAGCAUCCAAUCAUGUGCCCUGAAUGUUGGAGGCGGGCAGUCUGCCUGCUCAUAAAUGCUGUUAAAAAUACCUGAAUAAUAAACUGAGACAUCGUCCUUUUUGUCAUCACAGUGUUUUCCAUUCAAUCUUUAA